UUGCUUUCGUUCUUUUUCCCGUUCAUUAUAACUGACCAUGUCAUUUCCCAAAAAAAUCCACCUUAUAAAUUUGUCAUUCUCACCAUCCUCUGUUAUAUUUUCUGCAGCACACCCUUGUUUCCAGAGCCCUAGUUCACGAGAGGAUGGCCGGAGGUAACCCCAAGGGCUCAUCCCACAAGCAGCCAUCUUCUUCCUCAUCUUCUCACCGUAAGUCCCGUUGGGAAUCCGGCAAUAACCCUCCCGCUGAUCAAAAGCCUGGCGCUUCUGGCGACCCCAAACCUUCCAAACCCUCUUCCAACCCUAAAGAAAAUUCGACCCCACCAUCCGCCCCCACCCCUAGCCCUGGCCACCCCAAGACGCCUGCUGAUCCGAUCCCGAAGCCACUUGCCGGUCCUGGUCUGAUUCCCCCGGCAGCCGGAGCCCCAUUGCCGGACGUGGCCGCCCUUGGCCCGCCGCCCCCGCCCACUCCCACCUACGGAUUCCACAUGCUUGAUCGGCGGACAAUCGUCCUCGCCGAUGGUAGUGUGAGGAGUUACUUUGCGCUUCCGCCGGAUUACCAGGAUUACGCACCGCCGGCGCGGCCGCUGGACCCGGCUGCUAGGUUUCUACCUUUAGGCCAGGGCGGUCACGGCCCUGAACCGGGUGGCCUAGGUUUCGAUAAGCGGUUCCAACCGGGUGGUGUGCCUUUUGGCCGGGAAGUGUUUCGCGAUCGAGAAGAUCAGUUUGGGCGUGGCAGGCACCAGGAUUACUGGAAUUCGCUCGGUCUGGACGGGCGAGGGCCUGUGGAAGGCUCUCUGAAGAGGAAAUUCGGGGAUGAUGAGGAGGAGAGGGCUCGGAGAGAAGAAAAAGAUAGCGGGAAAGAUGAGUUUGCGAGACAAAGGCAGCAGCUAUUGCUGCAUGGGAACGCGGGUGCGAUCCCUAAUGGGUUCCCGCCGGGUGUUGGUGGCAGGGUUGACUUAUUGGCGGGGACGAGUAGUCCCUAUCGGAGGGAUUUGAUGGACCCUGGCCGCGGUGAUGAAUUGAGGUCGUCCAAGUUUAUGAGGAUGGGAGGAAGUUUCGAUAGUGCGGGUAACAAACAUUAUGAUGUUGACCCAGUUGCCUUGAAGAAGGCCUAUCUUCAUUUUGUGAAGAUGAUUAAUGAGAAUGCAUCUCAGCGGAAGACAUACCUGGAGAAUGGGAAUCAAGGGCGACCUCAAUGCGUUGUUUGUGGCAGGUCUAAAGAUUUUCCAGAUAUGCAUGGCCUUAUUAUGCAUACCUACAACUAUGAUAAUGCUGACAUGCGUGUUGAUCACUUGGGUUUGCAUAAAGCUCUGUGUGUCCUUAUGGGGUGGAAUUACUCAAAGCCUCCUGAUAACACAAAGGCCUAUCAAUUUUUAUCUGCUGAUGAAGCAGCAGAAAACCAGGAUGAUUUGAUCAUGUGGCCACCCGUGGUGAUAAUACAUAAUACAAUUACCGGAAAGGGUAAAGAAGGGCGCAUGGAAGGUUUGGGAAACAAAGCAAUGGAUAAUAAACUUAGAGAUCUUGGAUUUGGGGUAGGCAAGGCAAAGUCCGUGUAUGGGAGAGAUGGUCAUCUGGGUAUUACCCUGGUUAAAUUUUCCAAUGACAUGUCUGGCCUAAAGGAGGCAGCACGGCUGGCAGAGUAUUUUGAGAAGGAAAAUCAUGGGCGCAAGGGUUGGGCCUGUGUACAGUCGAAUUUCGGCAAGGAUGAUGAGAAAAAUCCCAACCUUGUGCAGGUGGAUGAGAAGACAGGGGAGAAGAAAAGGAUCUUUUAUGGCUAUCUAGGAACUGCUUCUGACCUUGACAAGGUUGAUUUUGAUACGAGGAAGAGGAUUGGGAUUGAGAGCAAGAGGGAAUACAUGGCGUCCAAAUAGAGACUGGGUUAGAAUAUGAGGUACUGCAGUGCAUCCCUAAUGUCAUUAUUGUUUAGUGUAUGAAAACCUGACCCUUUGUUUUUCUGUUUUUAUGUGGUAUGGAGGAUGAAUGAUUUGUGGCUUUUGAUUUUAAGAAGUGAUGGCCCAUCUCAGUGCAGAUAUAUGUUUAAGAAUGUUUGUGGGAUAGUGCGGAGUUUCCUGCUGGCUCCUUUUCAUCCAAAAUUUAAGGCCUGAUCAGAUGUACCGUAUUGCUUGGCCUUUGCCCUUGUGCUUUUUUGCGUAAGGCUAUCCUGUAUGUUAGACUGCAAUACUUCUGCAUUGUGAAAUCUAAUAUUUUCCUUAAGGUAUUAGUCAUGUGGAUAUCAAGUGCAACAACUUCUAUAGAAUCCCAGGUUAUAAUU